AUGACGCUCUUGGAUAAUAAUUCUUUUCUAACCCAAUUAACUCGACUUUUUGAAAAGACAAAAGUUUCAGGAAAGAAAGUUUAUGUUACCACGAAAAGAUACUCUUAUGAGCCACGAAUAAAAAAAGAAGAAACCAAUAAAUCCAAAAAGACAUCAUCAAAAAAUAAAGAUGAUAAAAAAGACAUUCAAGGUGACAUUAUUAUGAAAACAGAAACUACCACCGCCACAUCGUUAACCACGCUUUAUCCUUGUAUAAUGCGUGCUACAUGUGGAAAGAUAAAGAUUAGUACUCUAGCAAGUUCAUAUGGACUCGAUGAAAAAGAAGGACCGGAAGGAUAG